AUGGAACCUCAAAUUGUGAGAAUCGGAAUCAAGCCUUUGCCGCUCACCUCGGCUUUGGUGAAGAGCGACCGGUUGCUGGUACAAACUUUAACGAAGAACGGCUAUAGCUGCGUGCUUCUUGCCAUCACGAAUCCAGGAUACCGAGAAAAUUGUAAGAGCUACUUCCAGUCUUUCAAGGACAGCAUCAAAGAAGGUGGUUUUGGGGCGGUUCCGGGUGAACUUAAAGUGCCAUUCCCCAGAUCAAAUGAAGUGAAUAUUUUUACAGGGCCUCAUACCGGGAAUACAAUCGGCAUGCUUUCUCCUUGGAUCGAGCUUGGUGCCAAUGAUCCAUUAAUCAACGAGUUCUCUCUCCAGGUCAUCUCUAAUGAAAUUGCAUACGCUCAAUUUCUGGGCAUUCGCAGAUUGCUACUAGCCCCGCCCAAAGAUUUGAAUCAUCUUGCUGUGUUCACCAACAGCUUAAAUUCCAUCUUGCAUAAAUUCUCUGAUAUAGAGAUUUCCAUCUCUUUGCCUAUAUGUGAAGAUCCGCAGAUAAACCCUGCUACAGGCGAGCUUAUCCCGAUUAUUGAUCCGCUCUCGACGUGGGAUAUGUGGAAUACCAUACGCAUACACUGCAAUUAUCAUCGAAACUUAACAGUCAGCCUAGCAUCCCCGAAACAAAAUAUUCCUGAACAUGUUGUCAACAGGUGGUUGUUGGAGCCCAUCCGGUUCUAUCUGAUCUCAAGCUCCCGCUUCAUUCCAAAUUCGAAAGGCUAUCCAGUGCUUAAUAAAUACAACCAGCUCAUCAUCUGGAAGAUUAUUCAGAAAAAGGUAUUAGAUCCUCCGAUUAUACUCUUGCAUGGAGUUGACAAGGAAAGUGAUCUUAUCGCUAAUCUUAGAAACUCAACUCUCGACGACAACUCGGCCCAGGCCUAUAUUAGCGUUGACGGUAACAAAGUUUAUUUAGGAGAUCUCUCGUUUUUGGAUUACCUGAAGUAUCUCAUAAAAUCAAGCUCGAACCAUAGCCAGCUUUUGCCGAUCGAGGAGUUCACUCUAUCGAAUCUGGUAAUGGCAAAUCUGGACCCUUCCGAAUUGAGAUCGAUAAAAUCUUUACAAACACCCCUACAGCCCUUGUCCGAGAACCUAAACAAUGCUACAUAUAAAGUGUUUGAGCAGGACCAGGCGAAGUAUGAAUGCUACGAGCGAGCACUGAUCUCGUCACUGAUGGACCUCAUGAAUUUACCAAGAUUCCAGCAUGUAAGGAAUCUGACAAAUUUUGGAGCAACUGCAUUUAAUACCUCAUCUUUGACAGUGACUGAAAAGGUCCCCGACGCUAACGGUCAGCAAUGCUUUGAUUAUCUCAAAAUAUUGGUGAUCGGCCCUGGAAGAGGUCCUCUCAUUGAACGACUUUUUGCAGCCAUCAAAUUUCUCAACUUGAAUCUAAAUAAGGUCCAUAUCACAGCAAUCGAGAAAAGUCCAACUGUCAUGGUGUAUUUGUCUCAGCGAAACCAAGACUUCUGGAACGGAAAAGUGGAAGUGGUAAAUGCGGAUGUUAGGUCAUGGAAACCUCGGGAUCCAACACAGUCUGGAUUCCAUCUGGUCAUCAGCGAGCUACUUGGUAGCUUUGGUUGCAACGAGCUUUCCCCGGAAUGUUUGUAUUCGGUGGAACGGUAUUGCGAUCCUGACAAUAGCAUUUUCAUCCCCAAGGAAUACACAUCAUUUGUUGCCCCUGCAAUCUCCCCAUCCAUUUACACUAAGCUAAUUGAGUGCAACGACUUGUCCAAAUUUCAUACUUGCUACAUUCCGCUCUGUGAUGAAUACGACACUUUGUCGUCAAAGUACUCCAAACUCUGGACAUUCCGGCAUCCUCUUGGAAAUGGCAACAUGAAGCGUCAAGCACAUACGAUAUUGCACUGCCAUCGCAAAGGUACGAUUCAUGGUCUUCUAGGAUUUUUCCAGGCAGAGCUGUACAACGGUAUCAUUAUCUCCAACUGUCCAACCGGAUCCGGCCCUAGCCCUCACAACCUAGUAUCCUGGCUGCCACUUUUCAUGCCUCUAGAGCAGCCGAUGCAAUUGACUGACGACCAAGAACUUGCUGUAUUUGUGAAGCGAGAUACGGCUCCUGACAGGGUCUGGUACGAGUGGUCUUUGGAAUCUUAUAUCUAUCUGGCUCUAACUUCGGAAAGCACUUUGUCCAGGAGCUCCAAUAACUCAUCAUCGGCUAUAAACCAGCCUGGUAGGCUUAGCCUUUUCAGUGGUGCUGAACAAAGCGGUGCGAGCCGUUCAUCCAUGGAGUCUGAUGAAUAUCAGGUACGCGUACGCACCGGGACGACUCGAAUCCACAACCCAAAUGGCAUGUUUCAUUCCAUGAAACUCUAA